AAUCCUAACCUCUCAAAAUCUGUGCAUAUAUUCUCCUACAGAGACUAGAGCUAGGCUUGCUUGCUUGCUCCCUCUCUCUUUCUCUCUCUCUCUCUCUGCGGAAAUGGCAAGUGAGCGAGAAAUUUCAUAUUCUUCCCGAAGCUAUGAUGUCUCGGAUGAGGAAGAAGACGAGGAGGAAGAGGAAGAAGACGAGGAGGAGGAGUGCAGAGAUCGUGAACCAUUGUAUGGGAGGUGCAGUUCUGGUCUAAAACCAAAAUGUCUGAGCCGGGUGUUGGACCCCAGAGCCAAAUGGGUCCAGGAAUGGAACAGGGUUUUUCUCCUGGUCUGCGCCACAGGCCUCUUCGUCGACCCACUCUUCUUCUACGUCCUCUCCAUAAACAGUACCUGUAUGUGUCUCUUCGUGGACGGGUGGUUCGCCAUCACCGUGACCGCCCUCCGGUGUAUGACGGACGCCUUGCACCUCUGGAACAUGUGGCUGCAGCUCAAGAUGGCGAAGCGGACGUUCCACGUGGUCGGCGAAGAAGGGAGCCGGCUGCACGACGCCAGCGCCAGCACGGUGGCCCUCCGGUACUUGAAGGCGAAAAAGGGCUUCUUCUUCGACCUGUUCGUCAUCCUCCCUCUACCCCAGAUUGUACUGUGGGUGGCAAUUCCCUCCUUGUUGGAGAGAGGCUUAACAACAACAGUGAUGACAGUGCUCUUGAUCAUAUUUCUCUUCCAAUACCUCCCCAAAAUCUACCACUCAGUCUGCCUACUACUCCGAAUGCAAAACGUUUCCGGCUACAUAUUCGGCACCAUUUGGUGGGGAAUCGUCCUCAACAUGAUUGCCUACUUUGUCGCCUCCCAUGCAGCAGGAGCAUGUUGGUACUUGUUAGGCCUGCAGAGAGCUGCAAAAUGCCUGAAAGAGGAAUGUGCAGUGGCAAAUUAUUGUAGCACAAAAACACUUGCUUGUAAAAAUCCUAUCUACUAUGGAACAACUAGCCUGUUGAAAGAUAGAGCAAGACUUGCAUGGGCAAACAACAAGCACGCGCGGUUUACUUGCCUGGACAGUGCUGAUAAUUUUGAAUAUGGAGGUUAUAGAUGGACAAUUCAGCUUGUUACCAACGAUAAUCGCUUGGAAAAGAUUCUGUUUCCACUUUUCUGGGGCCUAAUGACACUAAGUACUUUUGGAAACUUGGAGAGUACCACAGAAUGGUUGGAAGUCAUAUUCAAUAUUAUUGUUCUCACCAGUGGACUCAUUCUGGUCACUAUGUUGAUUGGAAAUAUUAAGGUGUUCUUGCAUGCGACCACAUCAAAGAAACAAACAAUGCAACUAAAAAUGAGGAACAUAGAGUGGUGGAUGAGGAGGAGGAAAUUGCCUUUGGGUUUCAGGCAGAGAGUGCGUAAUUAUGAGAGGCAAAAGUGGGCAGCGAUGCGUGGCGUUGAUGAAUGGCAGAUGACGAAGAACCUCCCCGAGGGCCUCAGGAGGGACAUCAAGUACCAUCUCUGUCUGGACUUGGUGAGACAGGUGCCAUUGUUUCAACACAUGGAUGAUCUAGUCCUGGAGAACAUUUGCGAUCGUGUGAAGUCCCUCAUAUUCACUAAGGGAGAAGUAAUAACGAGAGAGGGUGACCCAGUCCAGAGAAUGCUGUUUGUAGUAAGGGGCCAUCUCCAGAGCAGUCAAGUACUCCGAGAUGGUGUGAAAAGUUGCUGCAUGUUAGGCCCUGGAAACUUCAGUGGGGACGAGCUCUUGUCAUGGUGCCUUAGAAGACCCUUCAUUGAAAGGCUACCCCCAUCUUCAUCAACCCUAAUCACCCUUGAAACCACUGAGGCAUUUGGGCUAGAAGCUGACGACGUGAAGUAUGUCACACAACAUUUCAGAUACACAUUUGUGAAGGAAAGAGUCAAGAGAAGUGCGAGAUACUACUCGCCUGGGUGGAGGACUUGGGCAGCUGUGGCCAUUCAGUUGGCUUGGAGGAGGUACAAACACCGGUUGACACUCACUUCAUUGUCAUUUAUCCGGCCAAGAAGACCCGUAUCACGGUGCUCUUCGCUAGGGGAGGACAGACUCCGGCUUUAUACAGCCAUGUUAACUUCACCAAAGCCAAAUCAAGAUGAUUUCGACUUCUGAAGUCGAUAAAAAAAACUGAGUGGAUCAGUGAACUUUUGUCUACAAAAUUGUAAGUACUGUGAAAAAUGUUCAAGCUAGGCAUGUUCUUUCAUUGCUUAUUUCACAGCUCAAUUUUGUAAAGGGAACCAUCGGGUUCUUGGUUAUAAAGGCAGGCCUGUUAAUAAAAACAAUCGUUGUACAAUGGUCUGCAACUCAUGUCACUUUUGUAGUGUCUGCCCGUGGGAUGUGAUCUUCGAUCUCCACCUUGUAAAUUCUGUCUAUUGGACAGUGUUAUUAAGGAAAGUCGUCACUUCUCCUCCCAA